AUGCAGGGACCGCAAAAAGAUAUCUUGGACUUGGUUAUAGGGCAAAACAGUCCCAAUAACAAUGUCAGAACAGGUGCCGAACUCCGGUUUAACGAGGUGGUGGCGCAAGACCCCACUGCAGCCGCAUACACUUUGAUCCAGAUCGCUGUAGAUGAGCAAAAUUUCCCCAUAGAUAUCAGACAAUCUUGCUUGUUACACUUGAAAAGAUGUGUUCCAAAAUACUGGUCCGGUGGUUUUAGAUCUUUUGUAGGUCCACCUAUCCAGCAGGAGUUGAAAGAGGCCAUUCGGUCCAACUUACUCCAACUUGCAACAUCUUCUUCAUCUUCUAAAAUUCGCAAUGGUGCUGGUUAUGUCAUUGUACAAAUCGCUGCUGCUGAUUUCCCCGAUGAAUGGCCAAAUCUCUUGAAUUCCUUAUAUGAGCUGACCACUCGUUAUGACGACCAGCUUUCUGUCAUUGGAGGUCUCACAGUGUUGAACGAUUUAUUUGAUGAUCUUAUCAGUGAAGAGCAAUUUUGGGAAGGUGGUGUUGGUACAGAACUCAUCAACCAUAUCACCCAACUUCUUGGCCGUGAACUGCUUUCUGCAGAAACAAAGACCCAUUGUAUCAUUCUUUACCAAAAUGUGGUCAACACGUUGCAAAGUCCGGAAGCAUUUGCAACUGAGCAAAGAAAGGAAGCUGUACGUCAUCAUAUCAAUGAAUCCGUACGUAUUUUCCUCAUUCUUCUCGAGACUUCUUACAAGCAACAUUCGGUGGCGCAUACCCUGUUUGAAUUGACUGACUUGUAUUUUAGAGGCCAUCUUUAUAAAAUCUUGGGGACUUUUCUUUCAAACUUCAACAAAAGAGUUGACAUUAAUUACAAGAAAACUCUUCUUCGUUUGACUUUACAAGACUUUAACUUUACCAGUAAAUUAUAUGACGACGUGGCUGUUUCCAGUUCUAAGACUUUUAAUUAUAAAACCACUUCUGAUUUGAAUGAACCAAAGGAAACCAUUACAUUCAUGAUCUCUGAAUUAUUGUCCACUCUUACUGUUUUACAACAAAGUGUCGGCAUUGGGGCACAUGAACCUGGCUUUUUCAACCAAUUCAUUCGGGAUCUUCUUACUUGUACGGUCCUUCCAAAGGAUAGUAUUGAAGAUUAUGAAUUGGAUUUCAAUGUUUAUGUAACUCGAAUCACAGGUCUAUCUGCUGUGAACACCACUCGGGACUCUGUCAAUGAAUUUUUGGCUGAAUUGAAUCAAGCAGAUGUUCAAGAAAUUACUCAAAGAGUCGUCGAACAAGUCACUUCCACUUCUAUCUCCUCUUCUUCUUCCUCUUGGCAACUUAAGGAGAGCUACUUUUUUGUUUUGGAAAGUGUUUUCAUGAAUGAAGAUGCUGAAGAUUUAUGUCCUAACAUUCCAUUGGUUGAACUAAUGAAUACUUUUGCUACUUUCAUCUCGUAUGAUACUCAUUAUUUACUCAGUUCAAGAUGUUUCUUGAUGCUUCCAAAGUUUUUUGAAAAAUUCUCACUGAAAUUGAAAAUUUCAGACUUUGCUGGCAGUUGGUUUAUCAAGAUGAUUCAAUUUAUUAUGGAACAUCAGGAUCGUGAUGAAGAAGAUUCUGAAGUUUUCCGUUUAGCUAAGGUAUCCGUGUUAGUAUGUGCUACAUAUUAUCAAAAUUUGCUUAGUUUGAAGAAUGUGAUCCCACAAGGUAAUGCUAGCGAAGUACAAUUGGCUAUAUUCCAAAUUGUUUUCUCGUUGCUUGAGGAUAGUGAAGAGGAUACUUUACCAGUACUUUUGGAAGCAAUCACCGUGGCUUCCGGGAUCAGUCAUACCGAUGCUGUGAAAGCUGUUUUACAUGGACAAACAACUGUAAUUGAUUUGAUCCUCAAGAUCUCAUUUAAGGCACCAGCUGAUAUUCAAUUAACUAUUGAUGCUGCAGAAUGCUUGAGAACAAUCUUGGAAGAAAUCCUGGUUGAUGAUUAUUUGAAAUGUUGUGAAAGUUCCCUACCAGUGAUUUUCAACAUCAUUGAAAAUGCCUUAACCAAGAAUGUAAUUGAGUACACUCCUGAAUUAGAUUUAGCGUUGGAAUUACUUGGUAUAGUGAUCGAUUCUGCUACAGAUUCGACCCCAUUUCCAGACCAAAUUUUUAACUUUACAUUCCCAGUAUUACAGAAAUUAUUGCUUUUAUGUACCGAAGAUCAAAUUCUUCAAACUGGUGGACAAGUGUUUAACAAUUUGAUUCAAAAGGGUGACCGUAUUUUACUCGAAUACAAUGACUCAGAAACUAAUCAAUCUGGUUUGGAUAUUGUUUUGGCUAUCACUUCCAAAUUUUUAUCUCCAGAAUUAUCUGACAGUGCUGCCUUAAAUAGUGGAUCAAUUAUCCUAUCGGUUAUUGAAAAAUUCCUGUCUCUUUUAGGAAACAAUUUCUUGUCACAAAUCUUAGAGGCCACAGUUCGAAGAUUACUUAUUGCAAAGGAAGUUGUAACUACUGAGAAUUUAAUGACAGUGUUUUGUAAAUUAGUUUUAUCGUCUCCAGAAGAUAUGAUUAAUUUUCUUUCUGAAAACAUUAAACUUCCAGACACACAAACUGGAGAAUUGAAGAAUGGGUUAGAACUAGUUCUCCCCAUUUGGUUCUCCUCAUUUGAGGUCAUUAGAGGAUACGAACAAAUUAAGCAGAAUACAUUGGCUAUUGCCAAGUUAUUCACUCUUGGAGAUUCUAGAGUAGAAUCUAUUAUUGUAAAUGGUGAUAUCAUUCCAUAUCUGGGAAACACUAUUCGUACUAGAUCUAUGGAAAGAGAAAUGCCAGAUCAAUAUACACAAAUAUCUGCAUCUCUUAAAAUCUUGAAACUUCUUGUUAGUGAAUUAAAUUUUCAAUACCAACAGCCCGAUGCAAGCGAUUAUCUUCCUGAAGAAAAUGAACUUGGAGGUUCUGAAGCAGAAGAUGGUGGGGAUGAUGGUUGGGAAGAUAUGGAUGAUAUUGGAGUACCCAAUUAUGAAAAAUUGAAAUCAUACGUUGAUUCUGACAUAGAAGAUGAUGAACAUGAUGAUCAAAAUGGUUCUGAAGAUUUGAAGAAUAUUCUUGCACAAUUCUUUAAAAUGUGCACUACCAAGAACUUGGGUAAUUUCCAAGUUUACUAUGAACAACUUGAUGAUGAAGAAAGAAAGAUUAUAACUGAAAAUGUGGUGUUUAACUGA